UUCACCACCACUGAUGAAUUGAACGCUGUCUGUCUCGGUGUCUCCCUCUCCCUCUCUCGCUCCCCUCGCAUCACAAUCACAAUCCAUCCACAGGCCAUCCCUGCCCCCCUUGUUAACGGUUGAGGCGUUGCUGGGGACACUCCUGCCGGCCAAGCUGCCCCUGUUCUGUUCUGUGCUGUUCCGCGCGAGCAUCCCACAGGCCACAGGAAGCAAGGAGGCAUACAGACUCGGCUCCCCUGACGCCUCACCAAAAGAGGAAACGCCCACACGGCUGCCUCCAAGCUCCAGCAGUCGUCUCAGUCUCAGAGUAGGGGAGGAAGAGGCGGAUGGCAUGAAGCAAGCUGCCAAGAAUGAGAGCAUGGGCGGCUGCCCCUGGUAGAAGCAGAGCAAGACCGGGCCACAAGGAGGAGGAGGAGGAGGAGGGGGGAGGAAGAGGAAGAGAGUGAGAUGGGCAACUGCGGCACGCGAGAGGAGAAUGCCGUCGUCGCCGCGCACGCGCAAGUUCAGCAGCUCCACUUGUUACAACAUCCUGCCAAGAACGCCCUUGCAGAUAAGAAGCACACCCGCUCGUCGUCAGAUAUAAGUGAUCCUUCAACACCUAAGAAAAUUGAAGAUGCCAAGAACAUUUCCAUAUACAAUGACGUGAUUGCCUUCACAUUGUUUGAGCUAGAGACUAUCACAAAGAGCUUCCGUGCCGAUUAUGUUCUUGGUGAGGGAGGAUUUGGGACCGUUUACAAGGGUUACAUAGAUGAGAAUGUCAGGGUUGGUCUGAAGUCACUGCCUGUUGCAGUCAAGGUGCUCAACAAAGAUGGGCAUCAAGGGCACAGAGAAUGGCUUACCGAGGUUAACUUCCUGGGGCAGUUAAGGCAUCCAAAUUUGGUGAAGUUGAUUGGAUAUUGCUGUGAGGAUGAUCAUAGGCUACUUGUAUAUGAGUUUAUGUUUCGAGGAAGUCUAGAAAACCACUUAUUCCGAAAGACAGCUACACCAUUACCCUGGGGUACUAGGAUGUCAAUUGCAUUGGGAGCUGCUAAAGGGCUUGCUUGCCUCCACAAUGCUCAAAGGCCUGUAAUCUACAGAGAUUUCAAGACCUCAAAUAUUCUGCUGGACUCUGAUUAUACUGCUAAACUGUCUGAUUUUGGCCUGGCAAAAGCUGGCCCUGAAGGUGAUGAGACUCAUGUGUCAACGAGGGUGAUGGGAACCUAUGGAUAUGCUGCCCCUGAAUAUGUGAUGACUGGUCACUUGACUGCUAGAAGUGAUGUCUACAGCUUCGGCGUCGUCCUUCUGGAGCUCUUGACAGGGCGCAAGUCAAUUGACAAGUCACGGCCCAGCAGGGAGCAGAGCCUAGUUGACUGGGCCCUUCCCAAGCUCAAUGACAAGAGGAGGCUUCUCCAAAUAAUCGACCCGAAACUGGAGGGACAGUAUUCGGUCAGAGCGGCUCACAAAGCCUGCAGCCUCGCAUUCUACUGCUUGAGCCAUAACCCCAAGGCAAGGCCACUAAUGAGUGACGUCGUCGAGACCCUGGAGCCGUUGCAGGGCGGUGGCAGUAGCGAUGGAGCUGGUCAAUCUUCUGGCCUUCCUGAUUAUAGAGCUCGACGCAGGCUAACAGGGAACAACGUCCACUUAAGGGCCAUCCCAAACCCCAAGUGCUCCCCUGCUGUCCCCGCUUGCAGAGUGCGGUGAUAGCCGACAGGCGACGGUGCUGUUCCAGUUGCUGCUGGAAUAGGUUGGGUUGUAUAUUACAAAGUCUAAACCAUGGGCGAUGUGUGCGCCUGUUCUGUGCUGCUGUGUGUGUUUGAGUUUUUGUUUUUGGGGUUUUUUGCCAGCGUUUUGAAAUGUAAAUUUGAUCUGCAUGCUGGUGCUUGUAAGGCCCGCUAAUUUUCACAGUGGUCUUAUGUAUCCUUGUCUCUUUGACUGAGUAAGCCCUGCCGAAAACAGGCGGGUUUAAGUUUAACCCUAGAAAUGAAAGGCUGAACCACUGAACUAGGACUUGUUGGAUGGUUGAUAUGGUUGGUGGUGCUGUCCAUAUUUCAGGAAUCAGUUUGUAUUGAA